CGUUCGUUUGGUAAACUACAAAGUUCGGCUCAAGAGUCACAAGAGUGGAGAAAUGGCCAUGACAUCGAUUUAUCUGAUAUUUGUGAUGAUAUGGUCUGCUGCUGGAUUGGUCAGCGCGGGACUGUGUGUCUCAGAUAAUGCAGUUGGUGCAGAGCUUGUGGCUGUAGAAGGCGGUCACUGCGCAUGUCACAAAGCUCCAACACCAAGCUGCGGCUGCUGCGCGCGCAUCAAAUUCCAUAUUUGGCAUUUCAAGAUCGACAACCAAGCUUGUGUCUCUACGUCUCUUCUCUCAUCAACCCCUGGAUUAGAAAUUCAAGUCACUUGGGAUGGUAAGGCGAUUUUCAAAAAGGACAUCACCGUCAAGAACCCGCCUCCACUUUGCUUUGACCUGCCACUCAUCCAUGCAGCCAGAGCUUGUCUCGUAAUUGACAAAAUCUCCCUCGAGCCUCACCACCACGGCGCAUGCGCGGAGCUUGAAAUCAAGCUAUUCCACACGAAGAAGAAAUUCAAGAUUGGCUGUUUCUAUGGAAACGCCGCUGACAUGGGUGGAAUUCAGGAUAAACUGAAGAGGCUGGAGAAAAAAGUCGCCCUCCAUAGCGUCGCACUGAGCCAAAUAAUGGCAAGAAGCGGGACUCAACUAGAGUUAGAUCAAAUCGAGGCUACUGAGCUGAAUUCUGGAUACCCAAUUUUCGAAUUUGAGGAGAAAAAUGCCUGAUACAAGCUAAACAAUGAGUUCUUUCAAACGAGAUGAAAAGAUUAUUGAAUCGGAAAAUAGAAUGGAAUAAAAUAUGAUCAAAUGUUGCUCUUCAUGGAAUUCGUGAAAGCUGUAAACUAAAGAUGAAAAAUAAAAUAAAAAUGACUAGAA